UCCGUUCGGGGCGACUCUUGACUUCCCCGGCUGUAUUAGGCGGCUUGGGGCUGUACGUUGAGUGCCCAUAGCUAUGUAGUAGUUUUUCCUUGCUUCUAAAUAAAUACUUUUUUGAACCAAGACCGACUCUACUCUCUCUACCUAAGGAUAAAGGAACACGACACCAUCAGCUCCAGACAUUUACAUCGAGCCGCCAUGAGGGCCCUUCACGUCCUGCUGCUGUGUGUCCUGGGAGCUGCACUGCUCUCCUCAGUGCUCUGCAACAUCUUUUCAGAUGAACUGGGUCCUAAUGACUGCUGCUUCGGUUUUUACCGAGGAGAACUGGCGAAAGCUAGAAUCAGUUCCUAUCAAGACACUGAUUCCAGGUGUCCGAGGAAGGCCGUCCUUUUUAUGACAAAGAGGUCUCAUAGAAUCUGUGCGGAUCCAAAGCUCCAGUGGGUUCAGAGCAUCAUGCAACAAUUGGAUGAAGAAUCCUUGUAAACCAGCUGCCCGUCUGCAAAUCAACAAAAACAAGAAGAAGUUACUCCUGUGUCUGUUGCUGCAUCAAAUCAAAUUCUGUGAAAUGAUUUCACUGUUAAUGUGCAAACCUGCCAUGACUGAUCCCAGCUUCUGUUUGCUCACUGUCUUUUGUGUUUGUAUUAUCCACAAUUAUCAUAAAGAAUAAACAUUAUACAUUUACAGUU